AUGGUUGGGUUAGCCGGUUUAACGUUCCGGUUAAAGCUUUCGGACAUGCAAAAUGUAACAUAUUUCGAAAAGCCCGUAAAGGGCAUGCUUGGCGCAAUACGCCAAAGUAAUUACCGCAUUUUAAACUACGGCAAACGGGCUUAA